UUAAAUAUUUUUGAUUCAAACAUUUUUUUAAAGGAUACUCAAUGGAAUGAUUUAGAUUAUAUGAACUCAAGUAACGAUUUUACUUACGACCACGAAAACUUUAAAGAUUUACCACAAUUUGUAAAAGAAUUACAUGAAAAAGGAAUGCAUUAUGUUCCACUUAUUGACCCUGGAAUAAGCGCAAGUGAAAUUAAAGGAACUUACCCACCUUAUGAUAUUGGAAUUGCCAUGAAUAUCUUUAUUAAAAACAGUACUGGUCAACCAUUCAUAGGGAAGGUUUGGAAUCGUGUUAGCACCGUUUGGCCUGACUUUACAAACCCAAAAACAGUUGAUUAUUGGACGUUAAUGUUAAAAUCUAUGCAUGAUAAAUUUCAAUAUGAUGGUGCUUGGAUAGAUAUGAAUGAACCGGCUAAUUUCUUAUCUGGUUCGGUUAAUGGAUGUCCAAAUUCCGAUUUAGAAACACCACCCUAUGUUCCUGGAGUCCUUGGAGGACAAUUAAAUUAUAAAACACUUUGUAUGACAGCUCAACAUUACAUUGGGUUACAUUACGACGUUCAUAAUAUAUACGGAUUUUCAGAGGCGAUGGUGACAAAUUUUGCUUUAGCUGAAAUUCGUGGAAAGCGACCUUUUGUUAUUUCAAGAGCUAGUUUUCCAGGACUCGGAAAGUUCGCUGGAAGAUGGAGUGGAGAUGAUUAUUCGUUAUGGCAUGAUAUGAAAUAUUCAGUUCCACAAAUGUUAAGCUAUAGUUUGUUUGGCAUUCCUUUAAUGGGAAGUGAUAUUUGUGGAUUUAAUGGAAACACAACUGUUAGUUUGUGUAAUCGAUGGGUUCAAUUAGGAGCUUUUUAUCCAUUUUCAAGAAGUCAUAACACAGACGAUGGAAUACCACAAGAUCCAGUAUCUCUUGGUCCAGGAGUAACAGAAUCAGCAAGAAAAGCGUUAGAAAUUCGUUAUUCUCUUUUACCGUAUUUAUACACAUUAUUCUGGUGUGCAAAUGUGGAAGGUGAAACUGUCGCUCGGCCUGUUUUCUUUGAAUAUCCCCAAGAUGCGAUGACUUACAACAUUGAUUACAUGUUCUUUUGGGGAUCGGCGGUUUUAAUAAUCCCCGUUUUAGAAGAAAAUAAUCUGUCUGUAGGAAUAUAUUUACCUAAAAAUAUUUGGUACGAUUAUUACACCAAACAAAGAAUAAUUAGUACCGGUGAAAAUAAAACUUUGGCGGCCCCGUUAGAUAUGAUUCCCAUUUUGAUUAAAAGCGGAAGUAUCAUUCCGCAACAACAACCGAAUAAAACUACGACAUUUUCGCGUCAAUCAAAAAUUGAGUUACUUUGUGCACCAGAUAUUAAUAAAAUGGCUAAUGGAAAAUUGUAUUGGGAUGAUGGAGAUUCUUUAAAUGUCGUUGAAGAAAGGAAAUAUUCUUUAUUACAAUUCCAAUUAAAAACUGGAAAAUUAACCAGUGAACCUGUUUGGUGGAAUGAGGUUCAUCCCCCAAAUUUAGGGGCUGUAACUAUUAUGGGGAUGUUUGAUCCGGUUAGAGAAGUGAUGAUUAAUAACGUUUCACAAAGGUUUAAAUACGAUACAAUCUACAAAUACUUAAUCAUUGAUAAUUUAGAUAUCAAUUUUUCAAACGCAAUUGUAAUAACUUGGCAUUAGAGAAACCAAAAAUGAACGUCUCGACGCCCAACAAAAUAUGGAUAAAUAAAGAAUUUAUUUCUUUAAUAAUAAGACUGUUAUGAAUCAUUAUUAUUAGUAUUUUUAAACAAUUAGAUUCAAUCUUUGAAUUUGAAAAAGUAUUUUAGAAAAUAUCUUAUUCCAAUUUAGAUGUUAAAAAUAGAGUGUCUUUAUACUUAAAAGAUCUUGUGUCAUAACAAUUCAUCUAGUUGAUAAAAUGCCAAAGUUUAGUGUUAAUUAACUUAGAUAUUAAAUAAUAAAAUCAACGAAAUCUCGUCAGUAUAAAUAAUGUUUUAAAAAUCUUCAUGUUUUUUGUUUCCUGAUGAAGAACGGUUUUCGAGUGUGAAAUUUACUGUAAACAUAGAGGAUAUUGAGGUUUGCAGAGAUUAUUUUUUUUAUCUGCGAAAAUAAGUUUUAAAUGAGUUUAAAAUAAACACAAAGUAUAAGAAUAAUUUUUGUCAUUAAUGUUUUUAUAUAAUAAUAAUACUUUAUUGACCUAAGAGAUAACUACAUACAAACAAUGAAAUCAGUUAAAGUUCAAUCAGUUUAAGCACCCAUUGAGCUUAAAUACAUUAUUUAAGCUCAAUGGGUGCAAGAGGAGAAAAGGCAAAAAUGCCACUGAUUGUAUCUAAUAAGGUACAGUACAAAACUCAAAAUUCAACAAACACAAAAUUGCACAUUACAAAAAUCUAUCAAACACCUUUUCACGCAAAAGAUUAAGUUUGAACGCACACCUCGCACAACUAAAAACCGGACUCCCAAAAUCGAGCAAUAUGGUACGAAAAUAAACACUGGAAUUUUGAGGACCUAUGAGAAGGAAUGUUUACAAAAAAAAUGUGCCGGCAAUUCAAGUUAUGAACAUAAUUUUACGAUUGAGAUAACGCGGCUUGCAAAAGGUAAUAAGCCGAUAGAUAAAACACAAGUAAUGAACCACAAACCUAUGUCGUAUAUUCAGCCAAUCAACAUCUGAAUUCUGGAUUCGCGGGAAGGCAGGCUGAACCGCCCGCAGCACUUUGACCUCAGCAGAUCUCUUCCAUUCUGCCUGGUCUCUUGCAAUCUCCCACCAACUAGACACCUUGAGGGCCUUACGAUCAUUGUCGACACCAUCUAUCCAACGCGCACAUUUCUUCUUCCCUUCGGUUUACCUGUCAUGACUUUCUGGGUAACCCCCGAAACCGGUAUACGAUACACGUGGCCGGCCCAUCUCAAGCAACUUAUCCUUAUGGUUUCAACUAUAUCGGGGUCCUCGUAAAUCCAACAUAGUUCAAAACAGAGCUGUUACAAGUACAAAGGAAAAGUUCUCCUAGUAACCAGUACAAGUACCGCUAUAAUUAAUUUUAUUCCAAGUAAUAAGUAACAAGUAUUUUUAAAAAGUACUUGGAGUAAUAAGUAAUUUUACUUCAAACUAAAAUUUCAAGUACCCAGUACACAGUAAUUACUCGUUUAAGUACUCCAAUUAUUUUAGUUAUUUACAGUAAAUAAAUGUACUCUAAAUAGCUUAAAACUACUUCCAAUAAGUUAGAAAUUUGUGAGGUUCAUCGUAAAAAUUAUAAAUUAAAAGCCAGUUAUUUACGUUGAUAAAUGUUUUAUUUUUUAAAACAGGAUAAUUCGGUACAACAAUGUUUCAGCUAACAAUCCAUUGAAUCUUCGGGUUAUUUCAUCAAAUUCUAUUGGAUGUAGGGUUGUAGAUAGUUUUCUGUGUAUAAAUUUUAGGAGUGAUUCUUGUUGGGAAAGUCUUUUAUAUUGUAUUCUGAUGUUCUUCUUUAUCAAUUUACGUUCAAUGUCCUCCUGUUGAUUCUUGAAUAUUUUUGGCACUUUGAUUUUGAAUACUUUCGAUGUGACGUUAUGAUAAAUGGCGGCAUGUAGGAAAUUAAUGGUGUCUUUGGUGUUCUGUCAUUGUAUUCUGAUGUAAAUGAUAAAAGACUUUCCCAACAAGAAUUACUCCUAAAAUUUAUACACAGAAAACUAUUUACAACUCUACAUCCAAUAGAUUCAAAGAAAGAUGAUUCAAAAGGCUGGAUUGUCAGCUGAAACAUUAUUGCACCGAAUUAUCCUGUUUUAAAAAUAAAACAUUUAUCAUCGUAAAUAACUGGCUUUUAAUUUAUAAUUUUUACGAUGAACAUCGAAUCACAAAUUUCCAAAUUGCUUAAUGCGGAUUUAUCCGUUUGGAUUCGAACUAUGAGAAGUGCCAUGAACAAACGAGAGACUACCAAAGACAGCAUUAAUUUCCUACAUGCAGCCAUUCAUCAUAACGUUACACCGAAAGUAUUCAAAAUCAAAGUGCCAAAAAUAUUCAAGAAUCAACAGGAGGACAUUGGGCGUAAAUUGAUAGAGAAGAACAUCAGAAUACAAUAUAAAAGACUUUCCCAACAAAAAUCACUCCUAAAAUUUAUACACAGAAAACUAUCUACAACCCUACAUCCAAUAGAAUUUGAUGAAAUAACCUGAAGAUUCAAUGAAAAAAUACAUUACUUUCAGUAGAUCGAUUCAGAUGCUUGAUUGUCAGAGAUUGUUUAAUUUUUUCUAGCUUUAUUUUAUAAUAAUAUAUAAUUUAUAAUGAUAUAAUACUGGGAAGAAGGUAUUCGUAAUAGGUAUGUUGAUCUCCUUGAAGAAAAUCAAGGGUUUCUGCUAUUGAUUUCAUUAUUUUUAUGUAUUCCUCCAAAAACAAAAAAACCUUCUGAGUAGGUCAAUGUCGAAAUUAAUAGUUUGUCACAGAGUUUAUCCAGUUUUUUUUUGCACAACGAAAUUUGUUUUGUGGCAUCAUAUAAAGAGUUCCGUCUGGUUACACCAGGAUAACUCAGUGUGUGACCCAAAAUUUUAUAAAUUAUUUCAACAGAUUUUGGUCUUCUAGCCUUUUUUCACAACUUCGAACAAAUUUAUUAAAAACAAAACUGUUUUUGCUUUUUAAUUGAAAAUUUUGUAGUAGAGAGUUAUUACAGUCUGUUGUAGCAAUUAAAUUUAAUGUAUGUGAGGCGCAUCGAAGAUGUUUCGAUAAAUAAAAAAAAAAAACACUAGCAAAUUGUAAAUCUGAAACAAUUUCAGUUUCUUCGCCUACAUUUUCUAAAUCUGGUAUUAAUGCCUCAGUUUCG